AUGGGUUCUGAGAUUUAUAUUGCAAUGAACAAAUUUGAUAAUUUUACAGGUAUCAAGGGAGAGUCUACAAAAGAAUUGAUUGACAGCUAUUGUCUUCUAGUUGUGGAGAUGGGGAGAUUGAAGAUAACCAAGACCAAUGAGGAAUUGAAAGACAAAUUGGCAAACACAUUGCCAUAUGAUGAGUGGAGUACUUACUUGAUGAUGUUGAAGAACAAUUCAAACUGUGAAUUUGUUGGUGCUACAAUCUACAAUAAUACAGAUUUCAAAAAGAGGCUGUGUGCCAUUGUGUGGACCGAUUCAAUUCUACCUGUUAAGUUUGAAAGUGAGUGGGCUACCAUAAUAAACGAUUUUAACUUGGUUGAUCAUGAGUGGCUGCAGUCACUUUAUCAAAUCAGGGAUACUUGGAUACCGGCUUAUUAUCGUGAGGAGGUCAUGUUCGGGCUUAUGCGUACCUCUUCUCGUUCAGAGAGUGAGAACCAUUUCUUUAGACAGUUCUGUAACCCGGGUUGCACACUUGUCGAAUUUCUCGGGCAUUUUGAUUCUGCUAUUGAAGCUCGGAGACAUGAGCACAGGAAGAAUGACCAUGACACCAGAAAUACCAACGCUGAAAUAUGGGCUGAAGACUUUGUUUUGGAGGAUCAAGCGUCCAGGAUAUUCACACGCACUAUAUUUUUUGACCAGCAGUUGGAGAUACAAAACGGUAUACACAUAUGUGCUAUCGGAAAGUGGGAAAACGUGGCUGACUUCGUUAAUUUUUUUGUGAAGGACUGGGAACAACCAUGCACUACUUUCUUCAAGGUUAUGAUGCGGGAGGACGACAUGACUGUGUAUUGUACAUGCAAAAGAUUCGAACAGUUUGGGUUGUUGUGCUCGCACAUCUUUUGUGUGCUAAGGAUGCUUGACAUUAGGGAGUUUCCACAACGCUAUAUAUUACGACGUUGGACACGGGAGGCUGUUCCAAAUAGUGCCCCUGGUGCUAUUCUAGGUAUCAAUGAGACCGAGGAUCGUUAUAAUGAAGUUAACCGUGUUGUACGUGAGAUCACAGAUUCUACAGAGUCCGUUAUUAACAAGCUUGUCACCAACUUUGAUGCGCUAUGCUCGUUCAGGGAUCAUGUUGUUAAUUAUUUCAAAACUGCGGAUGAGUCGGUCGUCAAUGCUCCACCUAAGAGCCGUCGUGAAAGGUUUGCCGAAAUUACUGGUAACACAAAACCAUCUGAUGCAACUGUUCGUGUUCCCAUUGGAACAAGAUUCAAAGGUAUGGGUAAACCUAAACGGAUGAAGUCCAAACGUGAAAUUGCAUUAAGUCAGUUGGGUAAAAAAGAGCCGUCAGUGUCAAAACUGUUUUAG